AAGCUUCAAAUCACACACUAUGGCAGCUUCAUUGUCUUCCUCGGUUACCUCGUUACAGUCCUCUCUCCAGAUUUUGGACAACUCUAUAUCCACCCUUGAUGCGGGCGUGAACGAUUUCCCUCGUCUAUGUAAAGUCCUCCAAACAACGCGACACUUUGAGCUCCUCCCUGAGCCUACAUUGCGCGAGGCGCAGCAAUCCCUCCUUGACGAAAUCACCCCCAGCAUCGCUCAUCUCCUCACACUAUCAUCGAACCACGUCGAAAAGCUUGCGCGCCGCGAACAAGGCCUCAAGGCGAAAUGCGACCUGCAAGAAGGUCGACUCUCGUCCACACCCGAGGGCCGGUCAUCAGCUACUCGGAGCCAACCCCAAGGCAGUUCAUUGCGGGGUCGUUUGGCGGGGUCCGGCGCUGCCUCGUCGGGCAAUGCAGCAGCAACCAAGGCAGCGGAGCUGAGGAGACUCGUCCAGAAGAAAGAACGGCUCAAGUUUGCAGUUGAUCGAUUGGAGUUGCAGAGCACGCAGAAGCAAAGGCAGUUGCGAAAGAGUAUGGCUGCGCAGUGAAUGUAGCGGUCACUUUGCAAGAUAAGAAUAUCUGCUAUUACGAGA